CUUCCCUUGAACUUUUUACCGUGUUUCUCGAACUCUGAUCAAUUUUUUCCAAGAGAAACGUAUUAGCUUAGAGCUAAAGCUAAGCUUCUUCUUCUGUUUUUUUUUUCAAGGCUCUUUUGAGCGUUAAGAUGGAGUCUGUGGAUCCUAUAACUUUGGCUAUCAUUGCCGUCGUUGUAGCAAUUGUGCUAUCUGCACUUCUGUUACUACUCUUUGCAACUCGCGAGGAGAAAUACGAGGAUGUUCUCGCAGCUCAGCGCUCUGAACAAGAGGCUUAUAUGGCUCGCACUGCGUCUACAAAACCCGUGAAACAGCGGAAGAAGCUCGGAAAAGGCAAGAAAAAGUAUUCAGAUGAUGGAGAAGGCCAGGAGGAAGUUUCAUCUCUCCAAGUGGAGGAAACGAUCGAAUCGAAUGUGGAGAUAUCUAGAUCUAAUAAUCUUGAUGCUGUCCUUGAUGUUGAGUUCCUUCCAGAUCGUCCUGAAGAAAAGAUUCCCGUACCCGAAGAGAAGCCAAGCUCUGGAAUUACGAAAGAUCGACAAGGGAAAAAGAAGUCGAAGAAAGUUGUAGUAAAAGAAGACACGAGUUCCGUGACCGAGCGACGUGUAAUUCUCGACAAGCCACGUGAGGUUGAAGAAAUGGUCUCCCAAGUUGUUGAUUCUACGGUCGAUAGCGAGCCGGAUAAACCAGAGGAUUUCGAAACUGAGCAGCCGAAAACCCUGAACACCAGUGAAGCAGGAGCUCCUGCUAAGAAGUCUAAAAGCAAACCCAAAACUGCGAAAGAUAGGGACCCCAUUCAAGGUGAAGUGAGUGUUAAACGCCUGAUGGAAAUGGUGACAGUUUCAAACCUGAACUCAACUGAAAUUCAAUCUCUGAUUGAUGUUCUGCUUAACAAGCAAGGGGAAAAUAGUCAGUGGAAGAAGUCAUCUUCUAAGGGUGAUACAUUGGAGUUGUUGAAGAAACAGCUUCAGGAAAAAGAGACCCAGAUAUCAGAAGAGCGUCGACAAUCUCAGAAUGCUGCUAAUAAGUUAAAGGAACUGAGGGAUGAACUACAACAAGAAAAACAAAAAAAUAAGAGUCAACAAGCUAAUGCAACCAGUAAAAUCACCGCUCAAACCAAAGAGAUCCAAGCUCUCCAAACUCGCAUGCAGGCUUCUCAUGACAGCCAUACAUUAGAAGUGCAAACUUUGCAAACUCAGUUGCAUCAGUUGCAGGAUGUGAUGUCAUCCUCGUCUGUGGGAAAUAUUCAACGCCUUCAAGAGGAAAAUAGUCAACUGAAGAAUGCAUCCAUGAGAGCAGCUCAACUAACUGCGGAUAAAGAAUCUCUCACUACAGAGCUGACCAAACUACAGCAAACGUGCCGUCACGUUAAGGGAGAACUUGGUACUAAAAUCGAUCAAUUGUCACAGAGUGAGGAGAAAGUUCGGCAGUUGACAAUUCAUCAGAACAGUGUGAAAGAAGCAGAGAAUGUGUUAUCAAAGCGACUGGCUGAAGUGAAUGAAGAACUUCAGAAGUCUCAAGCUAGAAACACAGCAUUGCAGAAAGAUCUGAACUCUACAGCACAAGGUCUUAAAGCUGAAGAAGCUAAAACAUCUGAGUUGAAUAAGCGCCUGAGUGAACUGUCAGCAGCUGACUCCAGCCAAGCAGAUGCUUUGCACUCCUUGACAGCCAAACUGCAGGAAGCAACAGCAAGGGUUUCUGAGCUGCAAAAAAUAGUUGCUGAUGUAGAAGAUCAGUUAAAGAAAUCACAGGAAGUCAAGAUGCAAAAAGAUAAAGAGAUACAAGUACUUCAAGGAGAACUUAAAUUAGCAAGGGAAAGUGUGCAGACUUCUGUUUCAAAUCAUGUGAGCAGUGCAGCACCUGCUGAGAAUGGCAAGGAACCUAAUGUCUCUGCAAAGAUCCAGGAAGAUGCACUAAAGGUUAAGGAGGAUGUCAUUGCUGAACUCAAUAGUAAUGUGUUGAAGAAAGAUGAAGAAAUUGCCAGUCUCAAGAGUCUCUUAGAUGAACAAAAGAACAAGAAUAAUGAGCUUCGAAAGAAGAACUGGAAGGCUAUGGAAGCCGUAAAUGAUGCUGAGAAAAAUGCUCAGGCGCAAAUUAAUAAGGCUCUUGAGGCAGCCAAGGUGGCAAAUGAUGCUGUUGCUAAUGGACAGAGUGAUGUUGUGAAGGAAAAAGACGAUGCAAUAACAAAACUCACUGAAGAACUUGAGGAGAAAAAGGAAGAAUGUAGCAAACUAGAAAAUGUUAUACAACAGCAAAAGGAUAAGAAUAAUGAAUUGCGGGAAAAGAACUGGAAGGCAAUGGAUGCGUUGUCUAACAUGGAAAAAAGUGUAAACAGUAAAAUCAAGAGUGCUGUAGAAAGUGUCAAGGGUGAAAACAAGACUAUUAUGCUUGAAGAACAAAAUGAAACAAAGGCUGUUCUUUGUAGAGUUCAUCCAAAUGUUAUGGUAGACUCCACAUUGCCAUACAAGAAAUGGCUUGGGGAAUUUGAAAAACAAGCAUCUAAAUCCUCUGGUGAUAGUGAAGAGCUGGAAGAGCUUACCAGGAAGUUUAAAGAAGUGCAGGCACAAAAAGACACUUUGGUAGCAGAAUGUGCUCAUUACAAAGUCACACUUCAAGAAACCGAGUCCUUGCUCAAAAAACUAGAAGAUAAUGUUGAAUCUGAAAUGGACAACUGGCAGAAGAUUGUGGAACGAACUCAGAGGGAGCUCAAAGAGGCCAAUGAUAAAAUAUCAACAUUGGAAGGAGAUCUUCAAAAGACCACAGGAUCAGCUUCAUCUCAGCUGGACACAAUAGCAUCUUUGGAGCAACAUCUCAAGGAUGCCAGGGCAGCUGAUAGUGAAGCAAAGCAAAGGUUCUCUGAAUUACAGGAACAGCUCGCAAAAUCUACAGUCUCUGAAGACAGUGAUAAAGUAAGAAAUCUUGAAAAAGAACUUGAAGUGCUAAGAGCACAAGAUAGAGAACCUACUGAUACAAUUUCCAAGCUAGAAUCCACUGAAAAAGAUCUUAUAAAGUGCAAGCAGCAAAUGGAAACUUCAGUCAAAGAAAUUGCUGAACGUGAUAAUGAUUUGAAAACAGCCAAGGGUGAGCUUGCCAAAGUUCAAAGUUCUGAGGAAGAACUGAAGAAGAAGGUGGUGUCACUUGAAGAGGCCUUAACCAAGGCAAACAAUGACCUGGGAAAAUCACAGGAAUCACUUGACAGUUUAAACAACAGCCCUGACAAGAAAAAGAAAGGUUUAAAGGGAGCAUUGAAUAAAGUGAUGAGCAAGAAAGAUAAAGAGAAGGAAGAUGGUAAACUAGAGGAGGCUCAGCGAAUGUUAACGGAACAGCGAGCAGAGAUUGAUGAUCUCAAGAAUUCUAAACAAGCAUUGGAAAAGCAGCACAAAGCUUUAGAAGUUGAAUACAAAGAGUUGAAGAGACUUUCAAUUUCUGUUGAAAGCGUAAGAAGCGACAAGGACGCAAUUGUGGCCAUUCUUGGAGCCCGGUCAAAUAAACAGAGACAAGAAAUAGCGGCCAAGUACCAGCAGAAGUACAACAGGAACCUCACGGAGGAAUUGAAAUCAGAACUGAGUGGAAAGUUCCAGGAUGCAGCAGUCGCCUUAAUGGCCGUUCCAGAAAAUUACGAUGCAGUUUCUCUUCAUGACGCCAUGUCGGGACUUGGAACUGAUGAACAGGUCCUUAUAGAAAUUUUAAGUUCACGGAGUUACGAGGAACUUCAAGUCAUAAAAUCAGCCUAUACGAAAAUUUAUACUGGCAAAGAUGUGCUUAAAAAGAUCAAAGAAGAUACUAAUGGAGAGUUCAGGACAACUCUUAUGAACUUGAUCGAGAAAAACCGAGACAGCAACGAAAAAGUUAAUGAGGACCUUGCAAAAGCGGAUGCCAGGAAACUUUUGGAGGCUGGGCAAGGAAAAAAGGGAGCAGACAAAGCCGUAUUUGUCGAAAUCCUUACAAGCAGAAAUUAUGCGCAACUGCGAGCCACCUUUGACGCUUACAAAACUUUGGCCAAAAGUGAUUUCAUGGAUUCCAUCAACGAGUACUUAAAAGGAGAUUUGCAGAAUGCUCUCAGGGCGAUAGUUCGAUGCGCUCAGGAUCCAGCGCUGUUCUUCGCGGAGGUGUUGGAAAAGGCGCUGGACAGAGGAAACAGUAAAAUUGUUACACGUGUGUUAGUAACAAGAUCAGAGGUUGAUCUGGCUGAUAUCAAGACUCAGUACCAAAAGAAGACUGGACAACCUCUGAAAGAUGUUGUCGCGAAAAAAAUGAAAGGAGACCUCGAGAAAAUUCUUCUACAACUUCUGGGCAAUUGACGAUAGAACGAUUAGAAUUAUAGUGAAAAAAUUCAAUUGAGAAACUUUGAAGCUCAACAUCACUUAAUUGAGGUGUUGAGUUUUCUCCCUAAGUAAAGCUUCAACUUGUGGCUUUAAUACGAACCUCUUUGAAGGCGGGUUACGACCGUUGCUCAUCUAGCCUUAAAAUUAAAAUUGUCAAGAAUUUAAAUCUAAAAAUGGAAUUUUGUUGUUCGAUUGGGUUCCCUGUGAUGCUGUUUUGUCACGCACUGCGUUUGAAAGUUUUUCUGUUUCGUCCAAACCUAACUCGCGCUCGGUCAUGUCGAAUCGUGAAUAUGUCAGGAGGAUGGAGACAAGUUUUAUGACGUAUUUCAGUGCGAGUAGAAUGCAGUACAAGGAACCCAAUGAAAUUGAACCUACAAAACACGUCGUAUCGUACAAAAUAACAAUAUUACAUUUUGCUCCGGACGAAUCUUCGGUGCUCAAAAUAUUUUUUGAAUUUCGCCUCUUACAUAAGUUAGGCUUUGUACUAAAUUAUAUAUAAAGCAAAUUGUCGCUUGGGGCAUCACCCCCCCCAGGGAAAGCUCAGUCGUUAAUUGUAAUGAAUUUACCCCUUAAUUAAUUCCUUAAUUAAUUAAUUAAUUAAUUACAAAAAGGGUUGGAAUAUUGGAGAAUUAAUAUAAAAUACUCAAAUCAGACUUAAUUUGCGUCAUAUUAAGGGCGUAUCCCGUACUGUUUGAAAUUCAAAAGAAAUUUAGACGCUUUAUUUUGAGUUAUUGUUAGUGUCGAGGUAGCUUUAGAAAAGUGGUGUGAUUGUAUUGAAUAUUGUUGGUGGCUGCAAAGGUUGGGGUGAUAUUUAUUUUUCUUUUUUUUUGUUUUAACAAUCAGUUUUAUCGGAAAGUAACGGUAUACACUGCUUAAGUAGUGUGUUAAGCGCAAUUGAAAAACACGAGAGCCAAUUCUGAAGGGAGUUCCUCUGAGCUGCUGUCGGUUCGGUUGAAACUUAAGGUAGAGUAAAUAAAGCUUUCGUUUCGCUGCUCUACUUCGAAAACAGUUCACCGAACUGGUAGUUGAACCACUCUCAGGAAUGAUCACUGUCUUAAAUCUCCUUACAAUUUUGACUGUUAAGCAAAUAGGUAGUGAAAGGCAAGACAAUCUUCCACUGAGAGAGGGGUAUUGCCUGAAUAUAACAUCAACCGAGGAUAAAGACAAGAGACAAUUAAGAAAAUCUUCCUUAAUUGAGGAAUCGAGGUUCUGAGGAGUGACGGACGACGCUACCUGGUUAUAUACCAUCGCAACACGUCUUAGCGUUUUCGGAGAUAGACAUGAAAGAUUCAAGACUAAACAGAAUUAAAUCGGUGUAUUUGUAGUGUUUAUUACGGGUUUUGUCAAAAGUGCUUCACGUCUUCCUUUGCUCGAUUUGAUUCAGACAUCCUACGCGACGUGGAUGAGUUAUAGCUGUCAAGAAAUGAAGCACGAAUAGUGAGAUUGUGUAGUUACCCCUAAAAUCACUGUAUGUACUAUCGACAGAACAAUUAAACCGUUCUUUCCCAACGGG